AUGUUUUAUGAGCAGCAGCGUUUGACAAGCUCAAAAUUUCCACCGGUCACCGAGAUUGAGAGCAUCGAUCCUCAUGGCACCAGCUAUUGGACCAGAACCGCUGAACUUGCGACUGUAAUGCCAGAUGGCACUUCAAGAUCUUACUUUCUCAAGGUUUCUCAAGGUGACAAUGGAAAGGGCAUGGUUCUUGGCGAGUUUGCCUCGAUGAUAGCUAUUUAUCAGGAAAAGUCUCAAGGAAUCGAUAAGGAAAGGCAAGAACUUUGCCAAGGAAUCCUCGAAAAAGUCAUUCCACGUUUGUUGCGACCACUUGAGACUGGAGACCGCCAGAUACAGCCUUGUCUUAUUCACGGUGAUCUCUGGACUGGGAAUACUUCCUGGAAUAUUGAUACUAACAUGCCUAUCAUUUACGAUUCAGCUGCUCUGUAUGCCCACGGCGAAUUGGAAAUGGCAGCUUGGAGAUCAAUACGACACUUAAUUGGAAAGCAAUACAUGAAGGCAUACUUCCAUUAUUUUCCAGUAUCUGGCCCAGAGGAAGAUCAAGACGACCGCAAUAUGCUCUCCUAUCUGUAA